AUGCAGACAGAAAAACCAUCUGUUUGUGCUCCAGUGAAAAAGCAGCGACUCGAGAGACCUUCUAAAUUCAUGUGCAUGGCACAGAUUAAUGCCGCGAAAGGGACGCAUCAAGUGGUGAGUUUCUUCGCGUGCGUCGCCGUGGCUGCUGCCGGAGUCGCCCAGAGCUAUGUGCACAGACACGAUCGCCAUAACAGUUACGGGGGUGGCUAUGGCUACGGUGGAGGCUUUGGGGGUGGCUUCGGCGGGGGUGCUGAUGGCGGAUUCGGCGGCGGUGCCGGUUUCGGGGGUGGCGCUGGAGGAGCUGGAGGAGCUGGCGGAGGUUUCGGCGGCGGUGACAUUGGAGGAUACGGAUAUGGUGGUGAUCACCAUCACUACUGGCACUAUCCGCACUACAAAUUCGACUACGGAGUCAAAGACUUCCACACUGGCGACCACAAGAAACAGUGGGAGCAGAGACACGGUGACUCCGUGAAAGGCGGUUACUACCUGUAUGAGCCCGAUGGCACGAAGCGCGUUGUGGAGUACGUGGCCGAUAAGCACCACGGCUUCAAUGCGAUCGUGAAGAAGAUCGGCCACGCUCACCAUCCUCAUAUCUACGGCGGCGCUGGAGGAUUCGGCGGUGCUGGUGGAGCUGGAGGAUUCGGCGGCGCCGGAGGCGCUGGAGGCUUCGGCGGCGCUGGUGGUGCUGGAGGCUUCGGGGGCGCUGGUGGUGCUGGAGGAUUUGGUGGCGCAGGAGGCGCUGGCGGAGCCGGAGGAUUCGGCGGAGCUGGCUUCGAUGGAGGCUUCGGCGCCGGAUAUGGCCACCAUCACCACGGAGCUUAUAGCUACAAUAAUAACAACCUCUAUUUGUAG